AAGUGCAGUCGCGGCCGUUCCCUGUCCGUCCUGUGGGAAAGACACCUGGGAGGGCGGCGGCCGGCGGGUUGGAGGGUCAUGAAGCCUUUCAGGAAGGCUUUCCAGAGGAAGAGCUAGCAGACUGCUCUGAAGUCAAUACAAGCUUCUGUGAGAGAAACAGCAGAACUUGGAGGACCUGUGUUAGAGAGCAACUGUUUUCAGGUACCUGCAUUAAAUCUCAGCCUUGCUUUUCUGCCAGCUGCUGCAGAGCAGAUUAGCAGACAUGUCCACAGCACUCAAGCAAGUCUUUAAUAAAGACAAGACUUUCCGCCCAAAACGCAAGUUUGAACCUGGAACUCAGAGGUUUGAACUUCACAAACGAGCACAGGCAUCUCUGAACUCAGGCGUGGACUUGAAAGCGGCUGUGCAGUUGCCUAGUGGAGAAGACCAAAAUGACUGGAUUGCUGUUCAUGUUGUUGACUUCUUCAAUAGGAUCAACCUCAUUUAUGGAACUAUCUGUGAGUUCUGCACAGAGAAGACCUGCCCAGUGAUGGCUGGAGGCCCUAAGUAUGAGUAUCGGUGGCAGGAUGACAUGAAAUACAAGAAGCCCACAGCAUUGCCAGCACCUCAGUAUAUGAACCUUCUUAUGGACUGGAUCGAGGUGCAAAUCAACAAUGAGGGUCUCUUUCCUACAAAUGUAGGUGUUCCCUUUCCGAAGAACUUCCUUCAGAUCUGCAAGAAGAUACUCUGCCGACUUUUUCGGGUGUUUGUUCACGUCUACAUCCAUCACUUCGACCGCAUCAUCGUUAUGGGGGCUGAGGCUCACGUCAAUACUUGCUACAAGCAUUUUUAUUAUUUUGUGACAGAGUUCAAUCUCAUUGACCGCAAAGAACUAGAGCCUUUGAAAGAGAUGACAACCAGGAUGUGUCACUAAAAAGCUACCCACUGAAGAAAAGCAAAGUCCAGUUUCCUUCUUACUGCAGAGUUCAAGAAUGUGACAGCCCUUGUGGACUGAGCCUGCUAGUUAAUCCAUGAAAGCACAAAAGAUGGGAACCACAGUUAAUUUCACGAAUGCUUUCCACCACUUUCAGUGUUCUUAGCCCUGCAUAUGCUGCUAGGAACCUCAUCUGAGCAACAUGGAUUAUUGAGAAAAAGAAGAAUCUAUUUCCUAUUAGGUCUAGCUUUUCCAUUAGGGAUAGGAACCUCUUCAGCCACAAAUGAUGGCAUACUGUACUCCUGCUGCUAAAGCUUUACUGAAAUUCAGGUCAGGUCCCUGGGCUGACCUCCCGAUUAGUCGUUUAGAAACGAAACUGUAUUGUUAGCUGCAAUGUUGUUUUCUUUUUCUUUUGUUUCUUGGUAUGUGCUUUGGUUCCCAAGUGCAGCAGAAUAUUAAGACAAUCUGGAAUUAAUGUGGAAUCACAGAAGAUGCCUAGCCUUUAUUGCCCCCUCCCCCCACCCUCACCAGGCCACCCAAGGCAUGGCCAUUGUUCCCAAAUGCCAGCGAGCCGUGUGCUUCCAGGAACACAGCCGUGUUCUUCAGCUAUCAGGCAGUUUGUGCUUCAUUGUGACUCUGAACUGAGUGACAGGGGACAGUUUCUGAUCUCAAUUACACGAGCAGAAAUCCAGAUACAGCUCUGAAAUGUUGAAAUCUAUUCUUUGCAUUCAUUCUGUGACUGACAGCAAAUCUGCUCAGUAUCUUUGCUGUACUCAGCAUUUUCCUGAAGUACCUGAUGAAGUACAGCGAUGUGAUUUGGUAUCCUCCUGUCCUCUUAGAAAAAGGAUCUCUCUCAUUCACCUUAAAGUUUUAUCUUUUCAGGGAAAAAUAAACUUAAUUUUAGUUACUGUUUUUAAAUAUAGUUACUUCUUGGAAGGAAGAUAGAGUGAAGACCUGUAAACUAAAAGUUAGAGCAGGAGAGACUAAGUGAAGGUCUCUGUUGCAUCUGAACAGUGUCUAGCAGUGUGGCUUGCUUUCCACACAGAAUUUUUUUGCAAUACUCAGGCCAACUUAACUAAUUCACGUAUGUACAGCCUGGAAGCAUACAUUGUAGUAAAUCAAGUCUUCUAUGCCAAAUACACCAUGAUAAGAGGCUUUCUUCUAAAAAACAAAAAAGAAGAAAAAAAGAAUAUUGAAGCAAUAUUUCACAGAGAGAUCACAAGAGACAUACAGCUGAGUACAUGGAGUCAAGUGGAACACACUUGUAUAUUUUGUGCCUUCUAAUGAAUUUUGCACGCUUGUGUUAUUGUGAAAGAUUAUUCCUUCCUGAGUAAGUGCUGAACUCUGUUGCUGCCUUCUUCUCAAGUGAGUUAUGUAUGUUUACAUCUUCUGAGACAGUAUCAGAAGCAAAUCUCACAGAUUGUGCAGUGACUGGAACAUUUAAAAUGAAGGGGUAGCAUGCACUAAAGAGUAACAGCAGUUUCAAGCUCACAUUGUGAUAAGUUCUGAUUUGCUUGCCUGCUUGCUUAAAUUGGGGCUUGUAAAUGUUAGUGAUUGUCCUUUCCACAACAAAGGGCUUUUGUUUGUGAACAUUCAGUGUAGCUAGGGUGAAGGCUUUUCUACAUCUUUAAAUUAUGCAAGCAGCAUUAUCCUUUGCUUUCAAGGGGAUGUACUGAAGUGUUCCUACCUCCUUUGGUGGUCUUUGUGAUCAGGUUAAUUCUUUGGGGAUUGGAAUGUGCACACAGGUAACUUCUGGCCUGCUGGCACUUUUGCAGGAUAUAACUAGCUUGUGGAAUUCAUUGCCACAGCUGCUGCCAAGCUUAGUUGCCUGAUUUUAAAAAUGAGAAAUGUUAUGUCCAUGGAAGAACGUACAUGGUACAUGUGGAUGACAGCUGCAUGGAAUUACAACAUCAACUGCAUGCAAAAAGGUUUCUUGCACCCAUCCAAAGUGCCUGGGCUGUUGCAGUGUUGGUGAUGGAGCUGUAGCUGGUGCUACAGCUCUUGAAUUUCAGUGUGGUCAGUUGCCAUCUGCUGUUCUUGUGGUUGGGAAUACUGCAGUGCUGUAUUUUAAAGAUUAACACAAACAUGCAAAUGUGUGAAAUUUUGUUCAUAAAGAUCAAAGUCACUACAUAAAUUGAAAAUUAUGGUAUUAUAUACAUAAAAUACCUUCAUUUUAUUAUGCUACUUACCACAUGCUGUUUUGAGUCUAUUCACUGUAGCUGUCUGAAGAUGAAGUAGAAUUUGUUCCCAGUUACUUUGGAUUGUAUUUUAAUAACCUUGUCGUGAAUGUAUUGAUCUUGUGAAUGCAAAAAAAAAUUAUCUGUUGGAGUAUUUUCCUUCUUCUGAAACUGAUUGUCAUAAACUCUUGUGUUUCCUUUUCUAGUACAGCACACUGUAUCAGGUGAAGGAGGGAAAUGCGGAGUUUAUGCUAGAGGAUUUGUGUUUGACCUGGCCAAAAUUCCUGUAGUUAGGAAAGCCUGUUACAACCCAGGAGCUGAAUCAGCCACAAAGAAAUGCAAAACCUACUUGUUCUGGUUGUUUAUUCCACUGUGAAGAACAGUGAGGUUGCUAGGUGAUGAAAUAAAUUUCCUCUGAAUGGUAGAGUUUGGCCUUUGGCUAAAUACAUCUCCAAACAGGUGCGCUUGCUUCCACGGCAGAGGUGUUCAGCCAGAGCCAGCCCAUUUCAUGCUGUGAGCCAUUUCUCUUUUCCUGUGCCUGGUAUGUGAUAUGCAAAUAAAAAUAACGUCUGGAACGUG